GCAUCCUAUGCUCAUUGAUUUGUACCGUGCGAAGAGAUCGCAAUUCGCCCCUUGAUUGUAAGCCUGAGAUAGACUAUGAACUUUACCUCUAUUCAGGCUGUUCAAGACGCACAAUUAUGUAGAUUUGCAAGAUACUCCAGAUUAGCACUCGCCAUUUGGGACCUCGUACUGAGCAUGGGAUGCGAGGUAGAUGCCAUCUGGAGACCCAAGUGUCACUUCUUGAGCUUCCUUUACCUGGUCUCCCGAUAUCCAGUCGUAGCGUAUUCUAUGUGGACGGCUCUGCACAGAGACGCUGACGCACAGCUGCCAUAUCAUAGACAUGUCUACUACUUCAUCUUCAUUGUCUCCGACCAACGUUGCAACGAUCAUUGCAUUCCUAUUGCAAUUGUAUAUAAGAAGAAAUCAGCUCAAGAUUCGUCCGGUCAGGUUGUCUCCGUUCAUGCCAUUUGCCUUGAUGGUGAUACUUCCGAACAUGUGCCGAAUUCCUGCUGUGAAUCGUUUCUUUAUGGAUUAUCCAAUGAGUUAGUAUUGGCAUGAGCAUGUGGAUUCUUCUGAUCAAGUGGCGGGCGCUAGUGACUAUCCUGGCUUUUAUAGCCUUAUGCGUGUUAAACGCGCUAGCUAUGGGUAAGGAAAUUGCUUCUUACUUUCCCCCGUGUCCGACUGCAUAAUCUGACGGGACCUGGGGGCAGCAAUGAUCAUUCCUCGCUUAGCGGCCAUCGUUCGCAGGAACGGAGGAAUCCGAGCGCUCAGCACAAGGAAGCUAUUCGGGCUUGUAAUGAUCAGUGUUACAUUGUUGCUGAACGUUAUCGCAGUCUUCCGUGUGGGAGUAAGGAUUCUUCCGGUUCCGCUACCGUCUAUUACUGUGUCAAUCAAGCUCCCGCACGACCUCUUCGAAGCUGGAGGCAUGGCUUCACCUGCAUACAACAUCUUCCUCAAUAGCUUCAUUCUCGUACUUCCCUCCAUUCUCGUCUCGCGCUGCCUACUCUAUAUGUUCGACAAGCAGGAAGAGGAUGUGCGUAUGCAUCCAGAAACCGAAAGCUUACCCGAGUCGAAGGAUCCGUUUGCGGCUAAUGGACAAUCCA